AUCAUCAUCAUAAUCAUACAAUAACAAACACACAAAUAAAAUGUUCAAUCGCAGAAGAAGAAGAGGAAUGCUCAUGGGUGUCGGCGGUGUCGCCUUAGGUGCAAUGGCUGCUAAUGCCAUCAUGAAUAAACGUCAACCAGCACAAGCCCAAUCUCAGCCAGUACAACAGCAACAACCACCACCACAACAACAACAACAACACCACCACCACCACCACCAACCACAACAUCAUUCACAACCACCAGCUCCACAACACUAUCACCAACAACCCGCUCCACAACACUAUCACCAACCACCCGCUCAACAACAACCCCACCCUCACCACACAUACUACCAAGAACCAUACCAAGGAUACCACUCACAGUACCACUAUGACCACGUCCAUCAUAGUCCAAACUCCCGUCCACCAACUCCACAUCCACAAGUGUUCUCAUACGAGCAACAACACGACGCAAACUAUUUCGCUCAUCCUCAUCAUGCUGGUCAUGGUACCUCCGCCCCUCCUCCAAAACCACCUCGCCCUUCCGCAGAAAGGCACCCCAGUUUACACCAGCACUAUCAAAACGUACACGAAGAAAGACAGCAGUAUCGCUUGGUUCAUGGCUUGCCUCCUCCAGUUCCACCAAAGUGUGAACGUGUAAAACGGUGGGUCCCCAUGGAAAAGGUCAGUGAGGAUAAUGGUUGGACCAGCGAAAAGGUGGCUCCACCUGCUUAUCAAGCUUAGUUUAUAGGAAUAAAUAUCAUUGCAUUUAC